AUGGUUUUCAAGUGCGUGAUCAAUUAUGGUUAUGAAGUCCCAUCCGCUUCAGCCCUGCUGUUGUUGGGUGGCGUUGCUCUGUCCUGCCUUGCUCUGGAUCUUCUCUUUCUCCUCUUCUAUUCCUUCUGGCUGUGUUGUCGCCAUCGGAAGAGCGAAGAACAGCUGAACGCAGAUUGUUGUUGUACCGCCUGGUGCGUCAUCAUUGCAACUCUGGUCUGCAGUGCUGGGAUAGCCGUUGGCUUUUAUGGAAAUGGAGAGACCAGUGACGGCAUUCAUCGGCUGACAUACUCCCUCCGACAUGCCAAUCGCACCGUUGCUGGGGUGCAAGACAGGGUGUAUGAGACUGCCACCGCCCUGAACAAAACAGCAGAGGCUAACUUGGGGGAUCUUGAGAUAAUGUUCGCCAAGCAGACGGAUUACCUGCACAUUGUGCAAAAACUCCAGGGACUCUUGGACGAACUGGUGAGGCAGACAACAGAAAUCCCUUUCUGGAAGAACGACGAGGUCUCCCUGGAAGACCUGGCAGUUCACAUUGACCUCUAUGACUGGUACAGAUGGCUGGGAUACCUCGGCCUGCUCUUGUUCCAUGUUCUCAUCUGUUUGUUGGUGCUAUUUGGACUAAUUAGAAACUCAAAGGCCAUUCUUGUGAGUGUGUGUCUUCUAGGAGUACUAGCCCUUAUUGUAAGCUGGGGGUCCUUGGGCCUGGAGCUUGCUGUCGCUGUGGGUUCUAGUGACUUCUGUGUUAACCCUGACGCCUUCAUCUCCAGGGUGGUGGAGAACAAUGCCGUGCUCACGACCGAUACUCUGAACUAUUACCUUGCUUGCAGUGCUGGCUACCCCAAUCCCUUCCAGCAGAAGCUGUCAGGAAGUCACAAAGCCCUCGUCGAGAUGCAGGAUGAUGUGCUGGAGCUCAUGAAGUCAGCCAUCAAGGAAUACCCCGCUUCUAAGGAAUAUCUUAAUCGAGUCCAGGCGGUUUUGAACUCCACAGAAAUCAACUUGCAACAUCUGACUGCCUUGGUCGACUGUCGAAGUUUGCAUUUGGAUUACAUCCAAGCUCUGACAGGCUUCUGCUAUGACAGUGUGGAAGGGCUUAUCUACCUGGUCCUCUUCUCCUUUGUGACAGCCCUCAUGUUCAGUUCCAUAGUGUGCAGUGUCCCACACACUUGGCAACAGAAGAGGAGCUCAGAUGAUGAGGGAGAGGAUGAGUCCACCGCUCAAGGGAACAGGCAGACCCACGACAACCUGUACAGGGUACACAUGCCAAGCCUUUAUAGCUGCGGGAGCAGCUAUGGCAGCGAGACCAGCAUUCCAGCCGCAGCGCACACGGUCAGCAAUGCUCCCGUCACGGAAUACAUGAGCCAGAAUGCAAAUUUCCAGAAUCCUCGUUGUGAGAAUACUCCUUUGAUUGGCCGGGAGUCCCCACCACCUUCUUACACCUCCAGCAUGAGAGCCAAAUACCUCGCCACGAACCAGCCUCGACCGGACUCUGGCAGUGUGCAUUAAAAAAACAAAACUAGAGUGUGCUCAAGUGAAGCAAACAAACAAAGAAAUGGAACAAAAUGUGCCAACUGCUGCCACCCAGUGCUGUUCUCGCACCUUGUUUCCCACCCAGCCACCCCCCGUUCUGAUUCCAGCUCAGCUGCUUCUCCUGCUUCUUCUCCUCUCUGACCUGACCCGUGUCCAUUUGGGGCCACCCUGGAUGGGAACUUACUCUAAGUUACGACUCUGCUUACUUGCACCUGCGUGGGGAGAAUGAGAGAGAGAGAGAAAUGGCUACACACAUGUCUGCAGGACACUCAACGGCACAUCCGUGUUGGCCUCGCUGUGUGUGGGAUCUGUUUUUGUUGAAAGCCAAUCAGGAAAUUGCAAGCAGUUUGUUAAUCUGCUCCCUGAGCGCCUCUUUCUCAUCAUGCAUUGAUGAGUCAAUUAUAGGGGGAAAAAAUGGAUCACCGUACAUAGUGCCAUGGAUGUGACAUACUGAUCUAAGGAAGCCAUCUUUAAUGCGCACACUGUCGUAAAGCCCAGUUGCAAGGCAUCCGUCUCUUUCUGCAAAUUUCCCCAGACUGUGGUACUCUGGAGAAGUUGCUCAUCCUUCCGCCAUUGAUGGAUCUCCUGCUUGGACACUGGGAAGCCAUUUGUUCCUUCCAUUAUAGAAUGAGAAGGCUUUCUGAUUCAGCCUCCCUCCUCUGUGGUUAUUUGAUACCUCUGACAUAAGUUUACGCCUCUCUCUCUUUGUACCUAGGACUAAACUCUUGGGGAGAUGCAGAGUACUCGCUGCUCUGUAGUGUGUGUGUGUGUGCAUAUGUAUACACACACCACCCAUGCAGAUAUGCAUUAACACACUAGUUGUGUUGUAUUUGCCCAUUCCACUUUGUUGCUAUUCUUUCUUGUAGUUAUCUAGAGAUGUCCUUCUGAGAUUGAUGUACAGAUAUGUAACUGGAUCAAGCAAUUCUUCUUGUGCCAAAUACUCCAGGAAAAUGAGCAUUUAAAAGGUGGAAGGAAGUAUUUUUGUCUAUGUAGAUGUUCAGUUGGCAUCAGUUUAACCCUCAGCAAGAGCAAACGAGAAAGCCAGCACAGAGAGGGUGAUAGCCAACGCCUUUCCUUUCCUGUGGCACAGUAGACUGUGGGUUCUUCUAAGUGCUGGGAUAUGGAAGCAAAUUUAUUUCUGUGUGCAAGCGCCACAGUAUAUCAGCUGCUCCUCCAUCCAAGAAUCAGAAAGCAGAACAAACGUCAAAUACUGUGAUAUCAGAAUGUGCUAAUCCCUCGUCUUAAUUACACAAGCCACAUACAGCCAAAUUCCAGUUGCCUCUUCAUGGCCUGCACGUAGAUAGCUAAAAUCACUGUCAGGUUGGGGAUGACCAAGGUUAACAUUGUGUCUGCCCCAAUCUUAUAAUUGCAUUGAAGGUGCUUUACUUGAUGAGAACCAUCCCAAAAUCAUCAUCCCUCCCUCCAAAAAAAAGCAACAUCAGACCAGGUAGAUAAUCCCUUUCAGUGUUUAGGGUUCCCAUAUAGCUAAUCCUGCAGCAGGUGACCAGGGGACCCAUAGAGUAGGAGAGUAUGUCCCAAUUUAGUUCAUGUAGAAAGCAUUGUUAGAUUGGACUGUGUAAUUAGCAUUUCUCCCUUUGCUCAAGAGGUCAUUGCAGGAGUCCCCAGAUUUGCAAAGCGUUAUCUCCAUCUUCCGUUAUCUGAAUGAUGAAGGGCUACUAAGAUUCCUCUCUGUGACACAUUUUGCACACUCAGGGGAAAGACUGGCACACAUUUUUCUCCUUACUUUCCCCAGCAAGGGGAAAGGUGGCUUUUCAGGCUGCUUACUAAGGGAUGAGGAUGAUGAUAGGUGGCCACAAGAUCCUUAGAUGCAGCCUGUGGGAAGGUAGAAUAAAACAUGGCCAUUUCCAGUCAGUUCUCAGAGAGCAGUGUCUCAGGUUUACGUGCAUACCAACCGUACCGUAAGCUGUUAAAUAUACCUGAAGGCCUAGAUUAUGGUAAUACAGCAGCCCGUACUGUUAGCAGACAUGCCUAAAAACUUAAAAAUGGAUCAUUCUUGUUUACAUAAAUGAGUGCAUAUGCAUACAACCCGUAGGAGUUUCUAUCAGUCCACUUCCCCCAAAAAAGUAGAUCUCACUAGUGUUGACAUUACCCAAGUAACAAGCCUGGAUUUGCUGUUGAAUUCACAUUCGGUUCAGAACUUUAGCUAAUCCAGAUGUUUUUGGACUGCAAAUUAAAUAAUUCUGUACCACUGACUACGCUGGGGCAGGCGAGUUGGAAUUGGAGGCUGAAAAGGAUCUGGAGAGCGGCAACGUCCAUCAUCGAGUGUAGGGUAUUUUUAUGCUGCACAUGUUUUCAAAACAUGUGUUUCUUUGUCCUUCCUAUUUUUAAAUGUGCAUAUAAAAGUAAAAAGAAGCUUAAGCCUGCAUGUCAGCUGCUUGAGAUUUGUGCAAAUAGGCACUGAUGAAGCCGCCCUAAAAAUAGCAGUUUUCCUAGCCUAGCCGUGGUUCAUAUAGGAGAAGAAACCAAGUCUUUCCUUCCACUUGUGUUAGAGGAAAUGCACAGGAGGGUAUGAAAUGCACCAGGAGGUGCUUGCUGUCUAUUGUGAUUCUGUGGUAGGGACCAAUGAUUGCAUUACACUGUAACCACUAUAGAAUUUACCUUCCUUCCAAGGAGUAAUAGCCACUUAGUGCUUCCUUGCAAGAGGUAUUCAACCACUUACGCUGUGAAGAACUCCGACUAUACCUAGCAUCCAAGUGGAUUUCUAGGAGGAGACCAAAUGGCAAAAAUCCAAAAAACAAGCUAUGAGGUCUCCUUCUACGGCGUGGAUUUUGUCUAGAAGUUAGACGAGAGUGUCAGUUCCUCAUGAGAGAGAGAGCGACAGCUCCUGGCUGUCUCAUGGCAUGUAAAGCGGGACCUCCGUGUCUUUUACUUAACACAUGCAAGACUCUAGUACUACUUGGGUUUUCGAUGAAACCAUUGCAAGAUAUGGAGUAAUGGAUCCCUGAGUGACACUAACAACACACGGGGAUCUCCUGAGGCAAGUCGAAAUGGAUCUGCUUCAGAAUCGACGGUAUGUCUGGUCAUUUGCAGGGGUGCCAGAAGAAGCGUUCAGUGACCGGGACCAUCUCUUCUGGUCACAGUUUGCCUUGGGGAACCGGGUGCUCAGGAGUUAUCGUCAACAUUCCCCCCCUUCUCCUGAGCCAGCUCUUGAUGAUCGACCGGCAAGGUUUAUCAAUUAGUUAGCUGGCUCCAGUGUCUGUUGGGGCUUUUCUUUUUCUUUUUCUCUUCUCUUUCGGUAUUGUAAGUAAAACCUGCAAGGGACUCCCUUUCCUCCUUCUGAUUUGUAUGAGUUUUUAAGUCAUGUGAUGAAAUCUCAAUGCCGUAUUGCUUGGAAUGUGUUGUUCUGGCUGACUUCCUCUGCAACUCUCAAAUCAUUUCAAAACGAUCGUCCUAAUUUUGACUUAAUGUGGAAGUUCCUGGAUUUUUAGUUAAGAAGCCGCUUAAUGUCUGGUGUUGCCUCAAGCAGGAUAUGAACGCCGUGGCAGAAAACUGGAGCAGUAAAGACUCUCCCUUGGUUCCCCUUUUGCUUCUCUCAUUUUGAGCACCUAUGUGGCCGUUGCUCCUCUGGUUUAUUUAGCUGACUUUCUGUAGUUGUGUCACAGCACUUUUUUAAAAAAAUAAAAAUUGUGAACCAAGAACCUUGUCAAGCACACAACCCAUCUCCACAAUGUGAAAUGUACAUAGCAUGUUGGACGCUUUGUGUCCAGUGUUCAAAGAUUGCAUUGUAAUCGUGUUUUUUUUUAAAAAAAAAAGAAAUAGAAUCAAGA